AUAAAUCACAAGUGUAUCGAUGGUCAGGAAUAAUUGUACGUUUCCAACAAAACGACGAAUAUAAAAAGUACCCAAUGAUACUCAUUUCUUUUACGGGCAUCUAAUAAAUGACAAAGCAAAUAUCGUGCGAUCAUGAUUGAUGACUUCAUCAGAUAGUUAAAACGAAACGAUACUUCCAUGAAAAGUGACUAUUUGUUUCUCCAAACUGCCAGACGUGUUUCCACAAGCAAACGGAAAGAAAUGUUAGGCAGUCCGACAAAAAAAUCUACUCGUCACAUAGUGUUGUGCAUAAACUACAUAAUAAACAUUUACGCCAAUGGAAAAAGUUGGAUCAUCACAGUCGAUGACGAAUUCAACAUAGAUUUCCCAGUGAUGAGAAUGGAUAUGAAAAGAGUGAUAAAACCUUCUGUGUACCUCCAAAAACCAGACCUCUACAUAAUCAACGAUGAAAACAAGACAACAAACCAAAUAAUCCAAUUCAUUAAAACGAUGAAAUUCAACAGAAAAACCAAAUUCAUAUUAAUCAGCAAAGAUAUAAGCGAAAAAACCUUGAAAGACUUCGCAACAAACUUCAUCACUCGCGUCGUUUUUUUGAACCCCACAACUGGAACUUUGAGUAAUUUCAAACCGUACAGACAUCGCACAUUGAACAACAUCGACACCAACCUGGAAACCCUAGACGUCUGCUCCGAUAUUUCCAUAGAAUCCGAUACCAACAUUCCUUCCGUUGGCGACAUUGAUCGCCACGACGGGAUAUUCUGUGACGGAACACCGAAUAUUUGGACGGGUUCCGAAAUAUCCGUGAUGUAUUACUUCUCUCCGCCUUACACUAUGUGUCUAGAGUGCGAAAACAAAGGCGUGGAGUUGGAAGCGCACUUGAUAAUUAUGGAACUGAUGAAUCUGACCGGUAAUUAUCGACAGAAAAUCAUCGAUGUGCUCGACAGGAAAACCUUCAAUGAGCUUCCAUGGGAAAAAUUUGAUAUUUUGUUGAACAGCUAUCCGUUUGAAGGUUUAGAUUACACAGCCCCCUUCGUUCAUGAUUAUUACUCUUGGUUUGUACCGUCCCCAAAGGAGAUCAAGAAAUGGAAGUAUAUCUGCAUAAUAUUCGGAUCAGAGACAUGGAUAGCCUUGACGUUUUCUGUGAUCUUCGUAAGUGUCAUUUGGUACUUUAUGAACUUCCUCCACAAACCGAGUAGGAGGCCGAUCUACGUCUUACACAACUUGAUCGUUAUUUUGAAACUCACAGUUGAAGAAGAUUUCGUUUUCGAAAUUCAUCACGUGCACCAAUUAAUACUGUUCGCGAGCAUCUGCUUCUUCGUUUCAGUCGUAUCCUUGAUAUACAAGACGGAGUACACGACUGUCCUAAGCAAAAAUAUGUACGAGCACGAUGUGAAUUCGUUGAAGGACGCCAUGGAAAAAGGACUCUACGUCGGUUUGCCAGUUUUCAGGAAAAAACUCUUACAGAAUUCUCCAGAAACUCGGGAUUACCUGAGAAAAUAUUAUGUAUCGUGCGAUUUUUCAACAGCUUGCCUGGAACAAGCCGCCAAACAGAGGAACAUGAUUACAGCGACAAUUGACAGAUACUUUAACUUUGUCCAGAAGAAGUUCAUGGAUGAAGACGGAAGGAGUACCUUGAAAAAACUCCAUCCACCUCUUCUGAACGUCCAACUGGUCGAGGUACUACGUCAAGGUCACGUUUUAACCCCAUUCUUCUCCAAAUACUUGGGAUAUUUGAGAGCUCACGGAUUUGUGAACUACCUGAUGGCCAAGUACGAUUACCAAGCAGCAGUGCCUCCACUGUUGCCUUCUGGUAUGAAAAAAUUCUCAUUGGAACACGUGCAAGCUCCCCUGAUCUUCCUAUUAACCGGAAUUAUCAUAGCAACCGCGACUUUUUUGGUAGAACUGAGGCACCCUUGAUUUAUUCCUCCCCAACUCCUGAUAAUAAAGGCAAAAUAAACUAAUAAUCAAUUAUUUCGUUGCCUACCAUUGGCAACCCUGCAUCCUCAAAAAAACGUCACUGUAAAACAAUAGAAAAACAAUAUUUCCAGUUUCCGUCACCCUGACAGAAACCACAGAAAAAUAUCAUUGUCACUUUCCGUCGAUGGGCAACCCUGCCUAGCCGAUGGAGGUUCACACGCUUUGUUAUUUCCAUCCAAAGUCACUUGGCCGUACUGCCCGUUCCAAGACCACUUUCCCACACGUUGUUGGAUUCCCUCGGGUCGCGGUUAGUGUAACACGUCGAAGAAGAGGCUCAGGUGAUUGUCUAGGGCCCGGGGGGCAACGAGAAAUUAUAACGAGGUUACCGCGGAUGCGGCGUGUGACUUCCAGGUCGUAUGAUUUGACGGCAUUCCUUGCUCGAUCGAAAUCACGCAACGUUUUCGAUACGAAAUGAUCUGGAAAUUACACCAGUCGAAAAAUUGCGACUUGAAUUCUAUGCUCCAAAAUUUAACAUUCUGUGGUUUGGAAAAACCGAGAAUCUGUGCUCCGAAAUCGUUCAUAACUUUCUGUGAACUCAAACUUUUCCACGAGACUUCAAGUACAUUCAAUACGAA